UAUUGCACGUAAUAUAUACUUAUUGUCUAGUAUACAGUACGUAUUAUAAUAUUCACUUUCACAAGGGAACGUCAAGCAAAUCAUUGUAAAUCGUUGAGCAACAUGGGAUAUUGAAGGUUAUAACGUGUACACUGCACAUUCUCUAUGGUGUGUACACGCUUAAAGAGUUCUUAGUAAGCCAGCCUGUAAAAUGUCUCUUUCUUUAAGGUACACAUUCUCGUAGCUGCUUCUCGCUACAGCAGAGCGCUCAAGAUAACGUGAAAUUAUCCACGGAGAACUGCACAGUACACUGCUGGACGCGGUGGAAGUAGAGUCGGUCUUUCGCGUGAUUCCAUAUAGGUCCUUCUUCUUCCUUUUCUUUUUCCAAGAAAAAGAUACUGUACAAGAAAGCUUUUAGAGUACUCGACUCUUGAUGUACUCACUGUCUCGUUUUUACCGACUGGAACAUGUAGCUAGACAUUCCUUUGAAAUAACGUGUUGAGGAGUUUAAAGUAAUAAUAGUGAACUGGAUACACGUGGGAAGAUUUAUAGUGAGCAUAAUUCCGUGUCACGUGUGUUCUGAUAGAUUUGGAUAUUUGAAUUGUCAAGUGAAAAAGUGUAAUUGAAAGUGACAGCCGUGGUCUUUAUGAAAUAAGCAAUCAUGAACAAGACUGAAAUCAGCAUAAUGUUGGGUACAGAACCACCGAAGACACCACCAAAUGCAAAUCAUUCCUUGAUUCCGGUACCAAAGAUCAACAGUGCAAAACUUCAAGAAAGAUGUCCUCCAAAGCGUAGAGAAUCCUUGGAGAGGAGUACAAGGUCGAUUUCAGUAACUGCUCAGAGAGCUUCUUUCGAAAGAGUCGACUCGCCAGUUUACACCGCCAAGUCUCGUAGCAAUUCGACGUCUUCCAAUCAUGAGGUUAGAUCAAUGGACGACAGGCUGACUAAUGUCAAGAGGAUGGAUGCGUCACAGAAGCUCAAUAGAAGUAACAGCUUUAUGGAGAGCAAAUGGAAGAGCAAAUAUGAGGACUCGGAAAAACGGCGUAAAUUGCUAUUGCAAAAAUCUGAAGCUGCUAAUAGGGAACAUGUGGAUUUGGAAAGAAAAUUGCAGCAAUUACAGAGACAAAAUAAUACCCUGCAGACGCAGGUGCAGGACAAGGAUAAAAAAUUGCACAAAUUGCGAACAGUAUCAGAAGCAGUUUGUAAAGAGUAUGAACAGCUAAAACAUCAAUAUGACAUUGAGACGGGUGCAAUGCACAAGGCAAUGCAACAAGCUUCUCAAUGGUACAAGCAGAAUCGCGAACUCAAAAGGAAGUCGCAAGUUUUAACGCAGAAGUUUCUUCAAGUGCAUCCUGAGGGCGUAGAUGACAUAGAUAUAUCUGAUGAAGUUGAUUCCAAUCCGGAUGACAUCGAAGAACUCAGGGAAACCGUCAGAGAUCUUAGUCAGGAUGUUGCAAGACUUCAAACUGAACUGAAUUCCGCAAGACUUCAGGAAUUUGAGGCUCAGGAACAGGCAACACUUUUUGCAGCACAGCUAGAAGCAGAACGUGCUCUUAGAAAGGAAGGGGAGGAGAAGAUGAAAGAGUUACAGAUGCAACGAGAAAACAUGGAAAGAGUCACGAGAAUGGUCGCGGAAGAAGUUCAGAAUUUGAAAGCUCAAUGUGACCGAGAACGUGAAAACGCGAAAAUGAUAAAACUCGAAGCGGAUAGAGCACAAAAGGAACGCAAUGUCCUGGCGCAUCAAAGCGCUUUGCUCCUGGCGGAAGUGUCCGAGGAUCCUGAUGGCAGAUUGCUGACGGUCCUUCAGGAAGUAGAGUCCUUGAAACGGCACCUGGAAGAGGAACAACAGAGUCAUGAGAUGCAAAUACAGAUGCUACAGGAUAAAUUAGAAGAAAAGGAAUCGAAUAUCGAAUUUGAGAUCUUAGAAGAGAGACUUAAAUUGGCUGAGGCAGAACUUGAGGUCGUCGUUCAAAGAGCGGAGACGGCUGAGAAAUCCGUAGAGAACCUUGAACGUCUCGUUCACGAAUUGGAAGAGAAGAUUGCUGAUAUGGAGGAGAAGAAUUCUCGGCCACCGCCGCCACCAUUGCCACCACCACCUCCGCCACCUAUGUUUGCCAAUAAUCAGUCAUCCAUCAAGUUGCUGACAAGAGAGAAUAUGAGUUCCGAGAAAAGCAGCAGUGUCACUGAUAUGGAGAAUAUGUUAGGAAUUUCUAAAAAGGCACCCACUGUGAUUCAGCAGCCUGCUAUUGAUGAUAUCAUAAAUCAAAUAAAAGGUGGCCGAUUUACUCUGAAGCAGACAGACAAACAAAGGGAAGAGGAAAGGAAACGUAAACAAGAAGCGGAAUCCGCGCCGCCUGCGGUUUCCGAAAUGCUAAGUAUACUUGGAACAAUGAGACGACGCGCAAAACCCACCAGACAAUCGUUUAAGUUUGCUGAUGUGCCUACGUAACGUAAAUGAAUGUUUUAUUAAUUUAAUAAAAUUCGGUUAACAUUGUAGACCUAAAGAUGCCUAGUUAGUUUAACAGUAAGAUUAUAAUAAGUAUUACAUUUAUGUAUGCGCUUGCUCCAAGCGUUUCUAUUUCUUUUUUAUAUUUCACUGUAUAUGAAUUAUGAUAUUCAAUAUGCAUAGACUGUAUCUGCAGUAUUGAUUGCGUUAUUGUCACGAGACAAACUUAUUUAUUUUAUAUUCAUGAUGAUUUAGUCUGUUAUCAAGGAAUUAUGUUAUCAGCAAAUCGUCAAAUUAUUGACUGAUUAAAUGUGAAUCCAAUUA